CUCUCUCUCUCCUACCGAGAUCGGUGGACAAAACCGCACAAACCCGCGCCGCGAGACUAGAAGCGGAAGGAACCCUAGCCCCUCAUUCCUGCCUCGCAUGGCGUCGCCACGGGUGAUGGCGUCGCCCUCGUCGUCCGCGAGCUCCGACGUCGCCCGCCAAUCCUCCGCGUAUGCCUCCGCCGCAUCGUGCGACCAGACCGAGGCCCUCGGAUCCGUGAGCAUGGACCACCUCCUCCGCGGUUUCUGCGCCCAGCCGCCGUUCCCCCUGCCCCUGCCUAGGAACGCCGCUGGCACGACGGCGGAUGUGGUUUGGGAGAUCCCCGACGGGGCUGGAUCGGGGUACGAGGACGCGGCGGCGGGGGCAGACGGGGAGGUGACCCUCGAGGAGUUCUUGGCGAGGACUGGCGCAGUGAGGGAGGAGGACGUCGGGGUUUCGACAGGGUUCGUGGUGGAUCCGGCGAUCGGUGGGCGGUUUUGUCAGCAGGAGCAGCAGUUGCCGCUGGAGAAUCCGAUGCUGGGGUUUGGGAGUGCCUUGGAGAGUGGAGGGCGGAGAGCGAGGAAGAGAGUGGUGCUGGAUGAUCCAGUGGAUAAAGUGGUGCUGCGGAGGCAGAAGAGGAUGAUCAAGAACAGGGAGUCGGCUGCGAGGUCGAGAGAGAGGAAACAGGCUUACACUGUAGAGCUUGAGUCUCUGGUGACACGGUUGGAGGAGGAAAACGUUACGCUAGUAAGAGAACAGGAGGAGCAGCACAAGAUGAGAUUUCAGCAGGCGUUAAGAACUCCAUUUUAUGUUAAACCUCGUCAUCAUCUUGAGACAUAUUUAGAUUGCUUCCCUGAUAAGCUUAUGGUGAAUAUUAUCCCAGUUAAUGAGAGCAGGAAACCACUGCCUGUUCUCCGAAGGACUCAUUCCAUGCAGUGGUAGAUAUUUCCUAAGCUGAUGACAAUAUUAUUGUCCAAAGAAGGAAGUCCAUUCUGCUCACAGCGCAUAGCAAGGAAAACAUAAUAUAUGGCAUAGCUGAUGCACCUGGCUUUUUCCUUGAAGAUCCAUGCUGACAUUUUUUCCUGAAAAUACUCAUUUGUGAAGAUUAAUGGAUGGAAACAAACAGAGGAGGAAUUUGUAGAUAGUGUUGUGUUAUGCAGCUUCCUGACUAGUAAUGUUUUUGCAUCAAUAAUGCAAAAUUACAUCACUCUUUUAUUUUAGGAUGUUAGUGACACUUUUCACACUUUCAUCUAUGCUGGGCCCAGAGUCUUGAAAUUUUCUUUAACAACAGUAGCUGCCCAAACUUGUAGCUUGUCAAUUCUUAUAGAUGAUCAAAGGAGAACUGUGCUCGGAUGAGAAAUUCUGUAAUGAAAAUAAUGUUGGUCAAAGGAAAGUACCGACUCCCAAUUCACUUCUCUUUCUUCAAAGCAGCUUUUGACAGCUUAAAAUUGCUAAUUAGCUCUAGUCCUUUGUUUCAGACGAUUUGUUCCCACACUAUUUGGUCGCUGAUGCAUUUGAUGAUCAUCCAUCGUUCCAGCAGAGACUAAGCCUUGAAGACUAGACCAGGAACAACACUAUCUGAAUGGAGCAGAAAGGUUCGACAACUUCAGGUACCUGUUCUCUCAAUUCGGUUUUUGUUGCCAAUAUUCCGGUUUAUGUUGGCGCGCAUUUGGGACAUGGACUACCACCUACAAAAUUUGAGGUUAGUGAUGCCUAAGUUUUACCAUUUUGCAGUUUAUUAAAUGCCCAGCUUUUUUUUUUUCUUUUUUAGCUUUGGAUUCCUGUUGCUCACUUCCUUGCAAGUGACCAAGUAUUGUUUGCCUUAAAUUUGAUGAUCCUGUGAUUUUUGAGUAUCACCGUAAGCAUUAAAAGAUAGUUGAAGAUCUUUUUAAUCA